AUGACGUUCCCGCCACCAGUGACACCCCAACCUGCCCGAGACUCGGCGGCAGAAUUGACAGACGUAUUGCGGAUCGUAGUACGAAACCUAUCUGAUGACCAGUCAGCUAACAACUCAGCCUCCACUAGGGAAGCCAGAUGUCUGCGGGAUUUUAAAAGGGGUGACCCACAAACCUUCAAGGAAACUUCCGAUGGCCCGACAGAGACACAGUCGUGGCUGAGUUCCAUAGAGACCGUAUUCAGGCUGACAAACUGUCUCAAAGACCAAAAGGUGGAAUGCGCAGCAUUCAUGCUACCCGGGGGUGAAAUCUCAUGGACAGAAUUUAAGGAGGCCUUUGCAGAGGUGUACUACCCAGACGACGUCCAAAUCCGCAAACAUCAGGAACUCACUCACCUGAAGCAGAAAGGGCAUUCGGUUACUGCCUAUGCCAGAGAGUUCACCAAGUUGAAAUGCUUUGCCCCGGAUUUGGUAGACACCAACUAUAGGACAGCCCGCCAGUUUGUGCUGGGGUUGGACCGAAAGAUCCGUAAUGUGGUUGAGGCAAUAGCACCUACGACUUAUGCUGAGAGUAGCACGGGCCAUGGAGGGGACCGAUGGAUCGAGCGAAUCCCGCUCAUCGACCUAGAGAUGAAAACGACGUAG